UCGUGUACGGUCUGGCGUUGAUGUUCUACCUCACAAUCGUCGACGGUUACAAAUGGUAUUCGACUUGGCAGUUCAGGACGAUAAUUUCCGUAAAAGUCAUCGUAUUCACGAUAACUGCGAUGACAAACGUCAAAACUAUGAAGACAAUCAGCUUCAACGAGCUCUCGAUCUUGGCCAAAGUCGACCACAAGUUCAUGUCCGCCGUCGCUCUCUGGCCGCUCGUCUUUCACCCUUGCCACAUCUUCAGCACGGGCAUCGAGUAUGCCGAGCUGUACGUCGGCAUCCUCUUUCUCUCCCAGGAGGUCGUCCAGGUCGUCAUCGUCAUACAAUUUGGUUACAUAUUCCAGGCCGUCAACGCCGUUUUGCAGAAAGUCACGUCGAGUAUGAACGCAGCGAAUUUGAACUCGAGCGUCAGAAAGCUCACGAGGCUCAUGGAACUUGCCCAAUUCGUCCACAGGCGUUAUACGAUACAGCUUUUCUUCAUUCUAAUCUAUUCCCACAUCAACUGCCUCAUAUGGGGCUUCCACAUCGUCAAAGACAUCGACAAGGCCGACGUGACGAAAAACGUUUAUUUCUUCAUAAUGCGCAUCAUUUACUUCCUCUGGAAUGUGGGGAUAACGAAACUUAUCGUCUCACCAAACACGCAGUUCAAAGAACAGGUUGAAUUAUUCAUGAACAAAUUGCAGAAAAGACUGCAUGAGACGAGGAUGGACAAGCGUACGCUCUGCUUGUACUUGAGGCUUCAACGCUGCCCUGAAUUUAAGGCCCUGUCGCUGUUUUCCCUCAACAACUCAUUGGUGACAUCAGUUGCUGCAGCUGUCUGCGCCUACAUUAUUAUAAUAACACAAUUCUUCGAGGAAAUGAACCUUUAUUAUUAAUCGUUAUUAUAAAUAAAUGAAAAUAAAUUUUGUGGUUAUGUAUUUUUGACAUUACCCAAUAUAAUCA